GGGGCUGCCUGUCUGGGCAGGGCGGGGGUCUGCUGCCGGUGGUCGCCAUGACUGCUGUGCCUGCCUCGCCGUCUGCCGCAGCCGCCUGGAGCUGAGCGCGGGAGGCGCGGCUGGAGCGGAGCUGUCCCUUCAGCACCAGCGCCGGCUCCGGCGGGGCGCCCACGAGGCUCACCUCCCAGGCAAGGGUGUAGGCUCAGCCCCGCCGGCCCAGGAACGCUCUUGGGGGGGGAUCGGGGGCUCUCCCCCGGGAGAGACAGAGACCGGCUCUUCCCAGCGAGAAAGCCUCCGCUCCGAGCCGACCCCGCCCCAAGGAUGCUGUUGAGCAGCUCGGGGAAGUUUCAGGCUCCUCCAGGGGGUCGGAGCAGCACGAGGGGCUCUCCAGGUCUUCUCCCCCCGUGCCCCAUAUAGAUUUGGAAGGCGCUCACCAUGACAAGGUUGAGUCUAAGGGAUUUAUCAGAGACUGAUUUUGAAGACAAUGAAAUCAGCAUCAAUGUUGGCGGCUUCAAGAAAAAGAUGAGAUCCAACACGUUGUUGAGGUUUCCCGAAACAAGGCUGGGUAAACUGCUGAGCUGCCAUUCAAAAGAGUCGAUUUUAGAGCUUUGUGACGAUUACGAUGACACUAAGAAUGAGUUCUACUUUGACAGGAACCCUGAACUUUUCCCUUAUGUGCUACAUUUUUACAACACCGGGAAGCUGCAUGUGAUGGGUGAGCUUUGUGUCUUUUCCUUCAGCCAGGAGAUUGAGUAUUGGGGAAUCAAUGAAUUCUUUAUUGACUCUUGCUGCAGUUACAGCUACCAUGGGAGAAAAAUGGAACCAGACCAAGAAAAGUGGGAAGAUAACAGUGACCAAGAAAGCACCACCUCUUCCUUUGAUGAGAUCUUGGCUUUCUACAAUGAUGCUGCUAAGUUUGACAACCAGCCUUUCGGGAAAAUCAGGCGGCAGCUGUGGCUAGCUUUAGAUAAUCCUGGCUAUUCUGUUCUGAGCCGAAUUUUCAGUGUCCUUUCCAUAGUGGUGGUUCUUGGAUCCAUCAUAACCAUGUGCCUCAACAGCCUCUCAGACUUUCAGAUUGUUAACAAGAAUGGGGACUUGGAAGAAGACCCUCGGUUUGAAAUUGUGGAACAUUUUGGUAUUGCAUGGUUCACCUUUGAGUUGGUAGCAAGGUUUGCUGUAGCCCCAAACCUCUUGAAGUUCUUUAAGCAUGCACUCAAUCUGAUUGACCUCGUGUCCAUCCUCCCAUUUUAUAUCACUUUAAUUGUUAACCUAGUGGUGGAAAGCAGCCCUACUUUGGCCAAUUUGGGUAGGGUAGCGCAAGUCCUGAGACUGAUGAGAAUAUUCCGCAUCUUAAAACUCGCCCGCCACUCCACAGGCCUUAGAUCUCUGGGAGCCACCCUCAAGUACAGCUACAGAGAGGUUGGGCUUCUCCUGCUGUAUCUCUCAGUUGGCAUCUCUAUAUUUUCUGUAGUGGCUUACACAAUUGAAAAAGAAGAAAACAGGGCCCUAGAGACCAUCCCGGCUUGCUGGUGGUGGGCUACAGUUAGCAUGACCACCGUUGGCUAUGGGGAUGUUGUCCCUGUGACCACUGCAGGCAGGCUGACUGCUUCUGCCUGCAUCCUGGCUGGAAUCCUGGUCGUAGUCCUUCCCAUCACGCUCAUCUUCAACAAGUUUUCUCACUUUUACAGGCGUCAAAAACAGCUAGAAAGUGCAAUGAGGAGUUGUGAUUUUGGAGAUGGGAUGAAAGUGGUUCCUUCAGUCAACUUAAGGGACUAUUAUGCCUACAAAGUUAAAUCCCUCAUGGCCAGUCUCACAAACAUGAGCAGGAGCACGCCCAGUGAAUUAAGUCUAAAUGAUUCAUUGCAUUAAUCCUUGGUCCUAAGACCAGUUUGCAUGCUGGAAAACUAAGACGUGUAUUUAUAUUUGUUGUUUCUUUCACCCCAGCAUCUAAUAUUGUUGGUGAUUCACCAAGGGAUGGAUGAUUCAUGUAAACAUUCUUUUUCAGCACGGGAUAUCCCCCUUUUGCAGAAGUCUUUUGGUAGCAAUUGAAAUGUGGUGAAUUAUUUGUUGUGCAUCAAGACUGAAUGGCAAUAUACAUUCUGAAAUGUACGCAACUUGUGUUGGCCUGCACUUGGAAUGUAUGUUGAAUCAACCCCAAAGUUAUGAUGUACAUGAAUUAUCACUGCAUGCAAAAAGUCCACCUGAAGGUUGUGCAAAUCUAAUGAUCUCAGCAGUUCUGAAGAAGGUGCAUUUUAGUUAUAGUUUGCCAUUUAAUUGCAUUUUCAUCCAGCAACAUAGAAAUAGCCUCCUGGGUUUUUUCUGCCUGUUGUCUUCGUGACAUAGUGCUGGUGGUGCUGUGCUUCUUUGUCACAUGUACAUUUUGUUUCGGAAGUCCCUGUAUGAAUAUUGAAAAUAAUAUUUCCAGAACACCACACACAUACAAAAUCACUUCAGAAAUUAGAAAUAUGUUAACCUAAUUCCAUUCUCAUUGUGUUACAGUGGAAAUUACAAAGCAACUAUAAAGGCCCAAAUUGUAUUCCCUUCCCACAUCAAAGAACUUUCUUGAUAUGACUAACUAAAAUUUCACUUGGGGACUUGUCCCUAAUGAUGAGUAAUGCUAUCAUAACCAUCCCUGUGAAACCAAGAUUGAGUUGAAUUAUUCUCAUGAAACUGGUGCUGAUUAUGUAAAACUUUUAAUUUAGCAAAAAGUCUGUCAAACUGUGGAGACCAUGGGUGAAAUGACAUGUAAAGGCCAGGUUGCCUUUUCCAAACCUCUCCCCUCCACUUCCUGCUGAAGUGGCAUCAGAGCUCUGCUGAUCAAGUCUGUUUCUUGCUCAUGAAGAGCACCAGCUUCUGGGUCUUGGCCAUCUUAGGCCUAGAACAGGAGUGGAGAACAUGUAGACAUUUACUGUGGUUGGACGUCACCCACCACCAUCCUUAUCCAGAAUAGCCAAUGUGAGGUGUGGUGGAAAUUAUAGUUCAACAAUAUUUGGAAGAUACAAGUUCCCACCCUAGGUUUAGAAUUUGAUGGAUUAUUAAAAGGGUUUGACAGAAUGUUGACAACUAUCUUUAGACUGAUAGGAAGAUAAACAUGAAGCAUGCUAAGGUUGAUUUUCAAGACCAUUAGGUAUUGGCAUAUUUCUCUUCCUUCUGAGGGUUAUUGAUAAGAAAAAACUACACUGGGUCUGUGAUGACAGAUUUUGAAAUGGAUCGCUCUGUUUUGAAACUGAGAUAUCCAUUAGGGCCACUUCACUCUAAAGGUUCAUUGUGAACCAGAUUCUCCUGCUAUUGUGCCCAAGGCCUAAUAUUCUCAGGCACCAGAAACUGAUAUCUCCUGUAAACUUCAUUUAGAAGUUACACAUACAUUUAGAAGUUUACACACAUAUACAGUACCAAAAAUACAUCAGAGCUAAAGACAACUACAUGAGACGAUAACUCUUGCUGCUGAUGAGUGAAGAGAAAUACACCAAAGUCAGUGGGUAAACACAGUAAUAUUUAUUGAUAUUGAUAUUAAUGGUAACUGCCUACUGGUCAAAGAUGUAUUAAAAUGAUAUAAUACAUA